GAUGCGGCACAGUAAAAUUCAGAUGCAUGUACUCUCACUAUACAAACAGCUGUUGCGUGUAGCCGAAGACAAAGGUAGUGGAAAAGCAUACAUACAAGCUGAAUUCAGGCGACAAGGAAAUAACAUUAGCAGAAUGAACACGAUGCACAUAGAAUAUCUGCUGAACAGGGGCUACAGGCAACUAGCUGUACUGAAGCGUGGUGCCACAACUACAGUGAGCUCUUUCACCAGAAAGGACUAACUUGCAAAGAAUAGAGAUAUUCAAUCAUGAAUUCUAGCAGCAUGUGAAGUAACAGCUGAUGCAGUAUAGCAAGAAAGCUAUGAGAGAACCUUCUGUGCAUUACUAGGAUACCUGCAACACUGUGGUAAAGCUGGCCUACUUAGUAAGGUACGACUCAAGCUUUACAUGGCAGAGGAAAAGUCGGACAGCGCGGACUGGGAUCCGUGCGCAAACCUGCACCUCCAGCUGGCCGAGAUCGAAAUGCUGGAAAGCAUGUUCCCGAAUCCGGGCGAGUUCGAAUUCUCCGACCCGGCGGCCGUCGCCGACUGCCAGCAGGUGGCAGCAGGGGAGACCCUCCCCUACGCGCUCCCUGGCCUCGAGUUCUACGUCCGUCUCAAACUCGAGCGAGUCGAAAAACCUCUGGAGCUUCUCGUCAGCUUCCCGCACGAGUACCCGUCGCGCGCGCCUCCGGAGUUCUACGCUCGCUGGUCGCCCCUCGCCAACGACAAGCACCGGCAGCUAAACGAGGACCUCCGCGCGCACGCCGGCGCCACCUACGAGCGAGAUCUGUGCGUCGUGCAGACGACGCAGUGGCUGCAGGAGCACGCACCCGCGUACCUGUCUGUCGCGAUUCGCGUCGAUGCGGCGGCGGCCCGGACACGCGGCCCCGUCGCGUUCAAGCGGCUGUGGAUCUACAGUCACCACAUCUACAGCAAGGUGAAGCGGCGCGACAUGCUCGACCUCGCGUCCGAGCUGCGGCUCACCGGCUUCACGUUGCCGGGGAAACCGGGAGUCGUCUGCGUCGAGGGAUGUUGUGCGGACGUCGACGACUUCUGGAGCCGCGUGCGCAACUGGACGUGGAAACGCAUCAGCGCGAAGCGAGAGGAGACCUGCGCCGUCACGGGAUACGACGACGUCGACCGGCUGCGCAAGUUCGAGAACUUCGAGGAAAAGGCGUUCAACGUCCGGAAGCAGUACAGCAGGGAGUUCACGCAGGACCUGGGCUUGUUCUACAAGUUUCUCGAAGAGAAGGACCUGGGCUUCGUCUUCAAGGACUUUUUCGGGGUCGACGGAAAGCAGUCGUAGCGCGGCAUAUUUUUGGUGGUGCUUCGUACGAUGGGAUUUUACAUUUAUACGCAUUUUCAUCAUGUGUAAGAUGAAAACUGGCAAUCAAAUAUGUAAUAAAUAAUAAUUUAUCAAGAAUUUUAUUUAUUAGAUUAAUUUUUUUCUUGCCUAAGUAGUAGAAAACUAAUUUCCUUAAUCAAAUACGCCAUAUACCAGGAUAUGUACAUAAAGUUCAACAAACCUUAUGCAUUACCUUUCAGCGAGCAUUUCAGAUCUGGAAUAUACUUGUUUAUUUGUCAUGAUAUACAACGUCUAGUAUGAUACAUAUAUACAGGUUCAAACAUAUAGGUUAUAUUGAAUAUGGUUUACACACUAAAUAGUUUUUGUAUUUCAUCUUAAUAAUACUCUAACACAUACGUAGCACAUAUUGUAGCACAUUUAAAAGUAAAUACAUAAACAAACAUUGGGGUAAUUGUAAAGAGGAAUAACGAAAUGAAAUGUCUAUUAAUUAAAAAAAUUACAUUGAUAAACACCCAAAGCUAAUAUAUAUUCUAUAGGUACGAUUACCCCAUCAAUAAGUGAGGUAGGAAUUAUUGUUGAAUUGGCACAAAAGUUUUCAUGUAAAUACAACAAAAAUUGAACAAGCUACUUAGAAUGUAGAAAUUGGGAUGAUACUGAAAUGGCCACAUCUUUAAGAAUGAUUUCAAUACGGAUAUAAUUUAGCACUAAUUAUUACUUUCAACAACUUGUGUAUAAGUUACAAUAGAAAAUAAGUACGCAAAAUCGCAAAUCCUCAAAGCUAAUUAUAUAGUCACAGAUAUACAUCAGUUAUCCUCAUUUGGUGUCCAUACAAAUGCACCAGCCAAAAUAAAGAUGCCAAGCUGUAAUAUGAUCCCCAGUCUGUAUCUACACUUGCACUUAUGUGUGCAUGACUAUGCGUUGUAAAUCAGCAUCUUGUACAAUGUGCUCCAAUUGUGAAACUUAGCUUCUAUACUACAAACAUAAUGGUGAGAAAGAUGACAAAACCGGAAAAAAAGAAACGGCAAAGAAUAAUGUCAUUAUGAAGGGACGAGUCUGCCUCUAAACCAGAUCUAAUAUCAAACCAUUUGGUCAACCAACCCUGUCGGUUACCCCAGCCUCUUAAAUCAAUUGCUACUAAAUCACAUGAAUCCUUAGUGACAUUUUUUCAGGAGUAUUCCAGCAAAACCUAUCACACAUACAUGUUGCAGAAAAAAAAAUGUUAU